ACUCUCUCUCUCACUCCUUCCACAGCUACAAAACCUUUUCCCUAUCUCUCACUCUAAACAAACCAAGGAAAAAAAUGAGCGUCCGAAGCGGGUCGCACCAGCUGAGCAACGGGCUCAUGGUCUCGGGCCGGCCCGAGCACCAGCUCAAGGAGCGCCAGCCCACAAUGGGCUCACGUGCCGUCCCCUACACCGGCGGCGACGUCAAAAAAUCCGGCGAGCUCGGCAGAAUGUACGGCGUCGACCUUUCCAGUUCCGACCACCACCCUCCCCAGCCCGUCCCCCCGAAACUCCCCUCGCGCCACAACAGUGGAUCCGCUAGAUCCGGCCCUAAUUCCGGGAAGAAUUCGGGCCCAAUCAGCAAAAAAUCCUCGUCCUCUUCCUUCUCCGGCCCGAUUACGCCGAUUCAGCCCACCGGACUCAUCACCUCGGGCACAAUGGGCUCGAAUCGGAGGUCGGGGCAGCUUGAUUCCGCUUCCGCCGCGGCGGCUCCGGCAGCGAGCUCGUUUAAAAAGGUUUCGUACGGCUCCGCGGUGACUAGUUUGGGCGAGGGGGUGAAAUUAGGGUUUAGGGUUUCGAGGGUGGUAGUGUGGAUGUUUUUGGUGGUGGUGGUGAUGGGGCUGGUGGUGGGGGUGUUUCUCAUGGCGUCGGUGAAGAAGCCUGUGAUUCUGGUGGCGGUGGUGGCCGUGGUGGUGCUGAUUGUCGUGAUUUUCGUGUGGAAUUACGCGUACCGGAAUCGCGGCGUUUUGGGAUUUUUGAAGAAGUUUCCCGAUGCGGAGCUCAGGGGCGCCGUCGAUGGGCAGUUCGUCAAGGUCACCGGGGUCGUCACUUGUGGAAGCAUACCCCUUGAAACUUCUUUUCAGAAGGUACAAAGAUGUGUGUAUGCAUCCUCGGAACUAUAUGAAUACAGAGGUUGUGGUGUAAAACCAGCUAAUGCCAAACAAAGAUGGUUCUCUUGGGGAUGCACAUACUCAGAGAGGCAUGUUGCGGAUUUUUAUAUAUCGGAUUUUCAGUCUGGUUUAAGAGCUCUUGUGAAAGCAGGCUAUGGUGCUAAAGUUGCCCCUUUUGUUAAAUCAAAAACAGUAGUUGAUGUCACCAAGGACUCCAGCAAACUAUCUCCAAACUUUCUACAUUGGCUUUCUGAACGAGGCCAGUCAAGUGAUGACCGUCUAAUGCGGCUCAAAGAAGGAUAUAUAAAAGAAGGAAGUACCGUGAGUGUUAUGGGUGUGGUUCAACGACUAGACAACGUGCUCAUGAUCGUCCCACCUUCUGAGCCGGUAUCAACUGGGUGUCGCUGGCCAUGUUGUCUUCUCCCCACAUACAUAGAAGGCCUUACUUUGACUUGUGACGAAAGUCAAAGUGCAGACGUGAUCCCUGUGUAAACGAAGCAUCUUUUUGUGGUUGGGUUUUGGAACAAACGCAUUGACAGUGGAAUGUGGGAGUUGUAAUGAAGAUCCGGCAGAGACCUGUGAGUGUAUAGUUUUGGUGGACGAAGAAGAAGACGAAGAAGAAGGUGGAAGGUGUGAAAUCGAUAAGAAGCUCGGUAGAUAUACAUACAUUUUACUGGUGGUGGAGAUGGGAAAAGUUCCCUCCGAGCAAGUGGGGGUUCAUCGACUGUAUAGAAUCAUCAAAUCAAUCUGGGUUGAUCUUUGCCCGCUGCAUAUAUUCUUCAUUUCUUAUUUCACUCCUAUUAAUAUCAAAUGUGAAUUUGUUUGUUAUCACUCUCAAUUAUUGUUUAAUAAGUAGUAUUAUGUUGAUAACA